UUUCCUUAAUGCAUUCCCUGCUGAUUUCUAUUGGCCUCAUCUCUCUGUCAAUGCUUCAUCUCUCUUCCCUUUGUUGCUGCAAUUCCCGCAUUUGAAGUCAAACCCAAUUUUCCUAUCUCCUCUCUGCUAACCUCAAUCAUUUAACCUUAAUGCUCUUUCGUGGUCGGCCGAGGCCCCGGAGGUUGAUGAUGAUCGCCCCUUGUUCUUCUUCGCCAUGAGGUCGACAACUUUUCAGGAAACGCCCGUCAUUUUCUGGUCGUGAUAAUCAAGGUCGUGGUGUGAUAAUGAUGAUGAUGAUGAUGUCUGUGAAUUGACAUAUUAAGCGCUUGAUUAGAGCUCAAGAAAUUCGACAGAAUUCCAGGAAGUUUUUGGGAAAAGGCAGAUGGGGAAAUCCAAGGUUGAGACAGGGAGAUGAUGGAGAGGUUGAGCUGUUGGGUGCCAGGAGUAGUUGUUGACUGUCUUGUUCUUUGCCUCCUCCUACUUGUUCAAUCCGCUUCUGCACAACGAGACUUUCUGAGCAUAAACUGCUGUGCCAAUUCAAACACCACGGAUGAAAACUCCAUCCAUUGGAUCACGGAUUUCAGUUGGUUCCCUGACCCCACUAACUGCCAUCAAAUAAACCGGCCAGUGGAGCACCACAGGAGCUACUCUGCCCGUGGAUUCCCAAUCUCAGACUCCGGCAAACAAUGCUAUAACCUGCCCACUUUUCCAGGAGAGGACUAUCUAGUAAGGGGCAGCUUCGUCCAUCUGGACUCCCUUUCGCCUUCCUCGUUCGACGUCCUGAUUGGAGUCACAAAGAUCGGGUCGGUUGAGCUUCCGAACGACGUGGUGGUGGAGGGGGUCUUCAGGGCGGACCGGGAGUACACCAACUUCUGCUUGUUGAAGGGAGAUGAAGGGGACCCUUACAUCUCACAGCUGGAGCUGAGGCCUCUAGGUGAUGGAUCCCAGUACUUGGACGGGUAUGGUUCCGAUGAUACUGUUCUGAAAUUGAUCAGCAGGGUCAACCUAGACAACGGAACCUCGGGACUGGACAUCAGGUACCCUGACGACCAAGACGACAGAAUCUGGACCCCACCUGACCCGGCUACCGCCGCCUCCUACAAGGCCGUCUCCGCCCCCUCCGACAUCCUAAAUCCCACCGCGGCCGCCGCAGAUGUGCCCUUCAAGGUCCUGCAAACAGCCCUGCAGGACCCGGAGAAGCUCGUGCUCCCGACAGCCAACCUCAACAACUUCGACAACCUCAACCAUAGCUACGCCAUCUUCCUCCAUUUCCUCGAGCCGGACUCCUCCGUCGGGGCGGGACAGAGGGUGUUCGACGUGCUCGUCAAUGGCAAGAAUGAGAAAGCUGGAUUCGAUAUCAGGGCCGGCGGGGGCAGCUACCGCCGGCUUGUUCUGAAUGUGACAGUCAGAUGGGGGCUGAACUUGACGCUGGUGAAGGUCCCCAAUGCGUUCCGGUUUGGACCCAUUUGCAGUGCCUAUGAGAUCUUCGAAGUGCUCCCGAAGAUCGAAGGGACCCGAAAGGAAGAUGUGGAUGUGAUGCUUACUGUGAGAAAGGAGCUUUUACUGGAAAACAAUGGCAGUGAAGUGUUGGAGAGUUGGUCGGGGGAUCCUUGUCUUCCUGUUCCUUGGAAGGCCAUCACUUGCUCCCUUGUCAAUGGCUCCACAGCGGUAACCAAGUUGGACCUUUCUUCCAAAAAUCUUCACGGCUCAAUCCCACUCAGUAUCAGCGAACUGAUUUUCCUGAAUGAAUUGAACCUUAGUUACAACCGAUUCACGGGAAGCAUCACACCAUUUCCACCUUCUUCUGUCUUGAUUUCUCUGGAUCUUCGCCAGAACGAUCUUACAGGUCCUCUUUCGGAAUUACUUUUCUCUCUUCCACAUUUGAAAACAUUCUAUUUCGGCUGCAAUCCUCACAUGUCCAGUGGUGUUACAUAUAGCUUCAAAAACACGAAGCUGAAGACAGACAAUGGAAAGUGUGAUGGCCAAACAUCUUCACGUCCGAAGAAUGGUAUUGUGAUUGGCGUUGUGGCCUGUGGUUCCUUCAUAAUAACCAUGGCAAUGGGAAUCUUUGUGGUUUGCUUUUACAAACAAAAGUUUGUCCGAAGAGCUCAUGAUGAUCUUAAAGGAUAUCCACUGGCAAAGAGUGCAGUUUUCGCUAUCCCAAGCACAGAUGAUUUCGUCGUGAAGUCUAUAUCUAUACAGACGUUUAGUUUAGAGUACAUCGAGGCAUCAACUCAGAAGUACAAGACGCUGAUAGGUGAAGGUGGAUUCGGGUCAGUAUACCGUGGCACUUUGACUGAUGGUCAAGAAGUUGCCGUAAAGGUCCGCUCAGCUACCUCUACUCAAGGAACUCGUGAAUUUGAGAAUGAGCUAAACCUUUUGUCCGCUAUUAGGCACGAGAACCUAGUGCCCCUGCUGGGUUAUUGCUGUGAAAAUGAUCAGCAAAUUCUCGUUUACCCUUUUAUGUCCAAUGGAUCUCUACAAGAUCGCCUCUAUGGAGAAGCAUCAAAGAGGAAGAUCUUGGAUUGGCCCACCAGACUCUCUAUUGCUCUUGGUGCAGCUCGAGGAUUGACUUACCUCCACACAUUCUCGGGGCGGAGCUUGAUACACAGAGAUGUGAAAUCAAGCAACAUAUUACUGGACCACAGCAUGUGUGCAAAGGUCGCUGACUUUGGGUUCUCAAAGUAUGCCCCCCAGGAAGGGGACAGCGGGGCUUCUCUUGAAGUCCGAGGGACUGCUGGCUAUUUGGACCCCGAGUAUUAUUCAACCCAACAUCUAUCAGCAAAAAGCGACGUCUUCAGUUUCGGUGUUGUUCUACUUGAAAUCAUAAGUGGUCGUGAGCCUCUCAACAUAAACAGACCUCGCAAUGAGUGGAGCUUGGUUGAAUGGGCGAAACCAUUGUAUCGAGAGCAGAAGAUUGAUGAGAUGGUGGACCCGAACAUAAAGGGGAUGUUCCAUGUGGAGGCAAUGUGGAGAGUGGUGGAGGUGGCGCUAGCAUGUAUUGAGCCUUUCUCGGCCUACAGGCCCACCAUGUCUGACAUCGUUCGGGAGCUUGAGGAUGCCCUCAUCAUUGAGAACAAUGCCUCUGAGUACAUGAAGUCCAUCGACAGCUUUGGAGGUUCAAGCCGGUUCUCUAUCAUCAUUGAGAGGAAGAACAGCAUUCGUCAUGUCCUUCCUCCACCCCCUCUAAGCACGGAACCCUCCCCUCUCAGUUCCCAACCCCUGACUCCUCCAGCUCCAAGAUAGGGGAUCCAUUUGACUUCUGCAAAUGUCACGGGUGUUGAUGACAUUCUAAGAGCUUUGAUGUUCUGAUUACUGAUAACUAGUGCCCACGUAGAUGAAAAGAAAAGAUGAAUCGAAGCAAAAUCAUCGAACUUUACUUUCAAGUGGUUCAAAGAAAUUCUUUUUGCCCUUAACUUUAUGAAUGAGUGACCAUUAAGUUGUACAUUGAGCUUCUUAGUUUCAUCCGUUAAAUGGUCUAUCUGUUUUUUA